ACAGAAGGUUAGUGCUGAAUUUUAUUCUAUAAAAAACUAUACAGAUGAGAACACUUAUUUUAAUCCCAUGUCCAUAUUUUAACCUCUGCUUUGAUAAGAAAGGGUGCCAAAAUAGUGAUAACGAUGGGGAGAAAAGCUGCCACAAUGCACAAGAGAUUGCAGUGUUUUUGAGGCAGAUUGGUUUUGACAAGGAUACCACAGUUUAUGUCACUGAAUCAAGGUGGGAUAGCAGCCUUGAUUCUCUCAAGGAUUUGUUCCCCAAGACGUAUACAAAGGAAGCCAUUAUGCCAGCGGAUAAGAAGAAAAAGUUCCUAGAUUCUGAAUUUGAGAAAGUGAUUGAUUUUUAUAUAAGUGCAGAGAGUGACGUGUUCGUACCAGCAAUUUCAGGUCUGUUCUACGCCAAUGUAGUUGGAAAGAGAAUAGGUUCUGGGAAAACACGCAUACUGGUUCCAGCUUCGUCUGCUUCAGCCUCCAAUUUUCUCUCUCCUUAUGUCUCCAACAAAAACCACUUUGCUUAUUCUUGUUACUAUUAGCAACAACCUGUGCAUUUAUUUGCUUAU